AAGCCCCCACAGGCAGUGUGAGCUCGGCAGUGGUACUGGGUGGACGUGCCAGAACAAUAGUCCCGCUCGAUACACCAUUCCACCACCCCCCCUCCACCACCUCAAUCCUUACACCACACUGUUGUAUAAUCAUCCUCAUUUUAACACUAUGGUACUAUGUAUACUGUGAUGUAGACUACGCCAUCAAAAGUCGAAUUUGUGUCUUGUGAUAAAUUACCACAAUAUAAUUUCAUCUCAGUGGUGGUGUAAAAAUGGUGUCGAGCAGCGGGGAAUAUUAUGGAUAAUGCAUUUACACCAGACAUGACAAAGGAUAACGCCGGGUAUAUACGUCCGGAGGUUAAAUCUAGUGAACAUUUCGUGAGGGAUAGCGUGGUGAGGUGACGAGCAGUGCCUGGAGGAGGAAACAAGAUCUCUCCCCUAGAACACGCAUGACAGCCUAGCCAAGUCCCUCGAAGAAUGGGAUUUACCUUUUAUUCAUCAAUCGUAGAUAAAAGAGUCCACAUGGGUUGUCUGCAGCUCAAGAGGUGGUUGUCGUUCUUACCAGCGGCCUUCAUCGUUUACAUUCUCCUCCACUAUCUAGUGUACCAGCCAGACCUGACCGGCCCUCAUUCUCCUGUCCUGGUUGGCCGGCGGUCCAACGAGAGUGUUGUGUCCGUGGUGGAGGGGAGGAAGCUACAGGGCGGCGCUCGGGUACUGCCGCCACUCUCUCCAGAUACUGGUGACGAACUGAGUGACCAGAGUGACGCGGCCACCUCGGAGGUCCCGCCUGCGGCCCUCUCGGCGGCGGGCACCGGCCACAACGACGACAACACCACCGUCCAGCAAGGUAGUGGAGCCACCAACCCCGUCAGCACCGUCAGGUUUGAGAGUGUGUCGCGGGCCCUUGGGGGGGAUACUGCUGGGUCUCUCUAUGGUGAGGACUCCGGUGUGGUCGGGGGUGGCGGCGGCCUUGUCGGGUCAGGCGGCGUGGAGGCCACAUACUCGGCCAGUGGCACCGCAAGUCGAGGGGAUAUUGCCACUUUAUCCAGAGGUCCUGAGGUCAGUGUAGGAGGCCUGGGACCUCUUGAGGAGGCCAGCUCGGCUCCCGUGGCCUCUCGUGUCCAUUCCACAGCGCUGGCCAUACCCUCCACACCCCGGCCUGCACCGCCCGUCGCCCCAGACACCUGGAUAAGACCCCCCGGGGCCAGCGCCCCCCACGUCCCUGUCCAUCUGUCACCCCCCCUCCCUGUGUCAGCCGUGGCCCCGCCCCCCUACCAUCGUAAUGACCUUCACAACCUCGGCUCCACUUACCAGGUGCGGGACCCCUAUAUCCACUCACCCUACGGCUCCCCCUAUGAUCCCUACGGCGCCGCCUACAGAGAGAAGGCCAAGGCCGUUGAGCGUGCUCUCUCCGCCCACAGCCACGCCAUGGCCCAGAUGGGCGGGUUCCACCCACCAGCGAACGACCUGUCGCCGAUGUACGACUCAUUUGCUUACCCCGGAGGUCGUGAUCUGACCAUGGGGGAGGAGCUGCCCCCCCACAGCCGCCCAGGUUCAGGAGUACAGCCAGUGCCGGUCUCCACCACCCGGGCUGUAGCUCCAUCUGGCCAGGCAGCACCACAGCCACACACUGAUGGCACAGCAGGCACAGCACCACAGCAAAAACAGACUGUGGCUAAGAAAACUGCUGUGAAGAAGACGGCCAGUUUGCUAGCACCUGCCCUGGCUAUUAAUGCACUUAGGGGGAAAAUUAAGGUUGGUGAGAAAUAUGAAUCUGGGUUCAGCGUUCCUCAUGAAGAGCUGUGUGAGAACAACGGGCGGGACCUGAAGGUGUUGGUGCUCAUCACAACCGCCCCCGAUCAUGAAAAACACCGCACUGCUGUCAGACAGACGUGGGGCCACUUCACCGUGAGGAAGGACGUGGUUAUGGCCUUUGUGAUCGGCAGGACCACUAACAACAACGUUCAGAGUAACAUAGACAAAGAAAAUGAGUUGUUUGGGGACAUCAUACAAGCAAAUUUUAUUGAUCAUUAUAGUAACCUUACGCUGAAGACCAUCUCCAUGUUUGAGUGGGUGAAGACCUAUUGCUCUGAGUCUCGGUUCAUCUUGAAGACGGACGACGAUAUGUUCAUCAACAUGCCAUUACUUUUAAAUUUUGUCGACGCCAAGUUGAAGGAACAACGCGUCAUGUACGGUCGAAUGGCCAAAGGUUGGAAGCCGGUGAGGAACAAGAAGAGCAAGUACUAUAUCGACACCAGCAUUUACAGCAAGUCCAAAUACCCAGACUUCCUGACGGGGCCGGCAUACCUCUUCACGAGCGAUGUGGUGGACGACAUCUACCAGAAGGCCCUGGACACCACCUUCUUUGUGCUGGAGGACGUCCUCAUCACCGGCAUCGUGAGUGAGAGUUUGAGAAUCAAAAGAAUAGGAGAUUCUCGGUUCAGGAAUGAAAAAAUAAAACUAGUAGACACUUGUAGUCUCUUGAAAACAAUAUCAAUUCAUAUGGUUAAAUAUGAGGAACAGUUUGACAUUUACAAGCGGACAUUAGAUGGAAAAGCUAAAUGUAAGGCUGGAUAGUUGAAUGUAUAAUAGUUCUCCUCUUCAAUAAGAAGUAGAAGCUUAAUGUCGGCAGGUAUAAGUGUACCAUGUGAUAGACAAAAUAUGAUAUAUGCUCAAAAUGUGACUCUUUGGAAGUCUGUGGUUCCCUGUUUCCUUAAGUCUGAUGGAACCAAGAGACAUUUUCAUUGAUGUCUAGUCUACAUUUCACACAGUGACUGUAACAUAAACUUAAUGUGUAAGUUGCACAUACCGGGAUGCAAAACUUUGUCCCGAGCUAAUUCGAAAACGAGAAAUUUACAUAAAGUGACAAGGGAUUCAUGUGAAAAUAUUGAGCCAAAGAUGUUACACUACUGAGCUUGUGAUGAUCAUCCUCAAGUAUAUUAUAUACUAUUUAUUUAUUAUGUUCAUAUAUUUUUUUUUUCAUUCACACAAGCCUUUUCCUGUUAUGGUGCAUUACAUUACAGAGUGGCCAGUGUUACAGUAUAGGGUGGCCAGAGAGUUACAGUACAGAGUGGCCAGACAGAUACAGUACAAGGUGAUACAAGUCCACUUCAGGGUUGUUUCACCAUCAACAAGUGUGCAGUAAUCAUGUCUUGGGCUAAGUGUACAGUAGUGUAGUACCUGGAGUGAAGUCAAAGUCUUCACUCCUAUGAUCACUAUACCUGUAAGGUUGAGAGGCUCUACCGACUGAGCUAAGGAGCCACAAUUUAUGUCCAUUAAAAUAAUUAUGAUACUGUAUAAGAGUUGUGAAGAACGUUAAAGGACUUAUUUUUUAAUGCUAGAAGACUUUUACCCCUUUUGUUGAUAUGAUGGAUUCAUAGUCGUGUUGUCUUUUGUUUUAAGAGUCGAUGAUACCACACCCAUAGUCCUCCCUUGUGUGUUGACCGCAGUGAGAUAAAGAAUGUGACUGUGUUGGUCAUGUAGCGGUGAGUUUAGGAACAACAUCUAUAAAGGUCAUGUUCCCUUGAAUUAGUGUUUCUGGGGGGUGAGGUCAUCAUCCCUCCAAUCAGUCACCUUCGCUCUGGCCUUUCUCACCCGGCCACACCAUAAUGGCUCCUUGGCAUUAUCACAUUAAACUAUCCUUUUAAAACCUACCAUAUUUUGUUCUAUCUCAGCGUAACAUCUCAAUAUAUGUCAACACCACAGACUUUUAAGAGACAAAUACAAAAAUGGCAGAAUAUUGUAGACAAUAUAUACUACAUUACUGUGCUUUUAUUCUUUAGAUGUGUUGCUUGUAAAUCACAUAUUUGCAACUGUAUUUUAAAAUUUCCUUUGCUUUUAAUUUUUGAUAGAAUGAUUGUAUAAGAAGUAAUGAAAACGAAUGAAUAAUGAAUGGGGCUGGAAAAUGUAGGACUUACGAGUAUAUUGUCAGCAUCAUUGAAGAGCAAACAUUACUAACCAUGAACGCCUCUGAUUUACAAAAAUAAUUUUGAUAACGUGUCCGUAAAAAGACGUCAACAACUGUCCACAUGAACGUGAUAUUUUUAUUCUGCCUGAUUGUAUAUAAAAUCAAAACGUUGAAAUUGUGUCGUCUAUACCAAGGGCAGAUGAUGUCAGUGAUUUACCAGAGAUAAAUUGUCUUAUUUCCUUGACAUAGUAAAGAAAGAAGUUGUUGUAAGACAUUAGAGGUUUACUGUGACCACCGUCUUAGAUCCUCACCAGGAAGGUCACACGAUGGCUGCUUUGGAGUUUCACACUUUCUUACUUCACGUUAUAAAUGAUGUCUUCGCUAAAUUAAUAAACAGAUUAGAAGAUUUUUGCGAGGAGUGUCGGUCGUUGAGACUUGAGAUUGUCUGCAGUGAGGGAGGAUUAUGCUGGUGGUGUCCCUCAUCUCUGAAUAAUGGAAGAAGCCUUUUAGCAUUUAAUAAAGAUUUUUUUUAAUAGACAUCACAAAGCAGUAAGUUAAAGACUGGAUACCCCUAUUAUUGUCUGUGAUCUGCAUUACCAUUUUUUAAUUGCUCACAUUUUGCAUUUUGUGUAAUUUUGUCAGCUUGAAUGACAUCUCAAUAUUAUUCUUUGUAAGAUGUUCCUAGUGUGAGAAAAUAAUCCAGAAACUGAUGUACUUGCACAGUUUUUUUCUUUUUGUUGCAGCAUUUUGUAAUAUUUGCACAAGAGGUGAUACCCUGGUGGUGUCAUCCUUCAUAAAUUGUCUCUUAAUAUUAGUGUUAAGCUUUUAGCUGUACAGUACUGUAUUGUAUUUGAGUAUCUUCAUCAUAAGGUAUGAAAUGAUAGAGUGAAAUUCCCUCCUCUUGUAAUGAAUAAGAAAGUUUUCCUCAGUAAGAAUCAUAAGGUGAGCCCAUUGACCCUGGCCUUGUGUGUUGUGCUGUAGACUUGGUGUGAGACAUACUGACAGUCUUACAGUGCUAUCAACUAAAAUAAGUGUUGCAGUACUACCAUUUAAAACGAGGCUUACAGUGCUACCAACUAAAACAAGUCUUGCAGUACUACCAACUAGAACAUGUGAGUCCCCUGUUAUUACUCCCAUUUACAUAUUCAGUAAUUAAUGAAAGCAUUUACUGUCUCCACUGAUAAUAUACCUGUUAUAAAUAAUGACCAGAACACUACCAUGAGGUACUGGGAGGAACAUGAUCUGGCAGUAUUUCACUACAAGAACAAUGUUACGUUCUGCUGAUCCCAGGAAGGUUGACACUGAGGUACUAGUUGUCCUUGGCCACAAGUGAUCAUGUGUGGGAGAACUACUGUGACAAUUGAUUGAUUUAUCAUGUAUGCUUCAAUUAACUGUUUUCUGUUCACAUGUUUUGUGCACUAAGAUUGUACAGUACUUGUGUGUAAUUUUAGAUUGUUAUGGAAUAAUGGAUCUGAUUAAUUUUCUCUCCCAAAAUGUUAUUAAGUACUGUACAGUAUUCAGUUGUCAUCAGCGAAAUACCGUUUAUAAAUUUUUAGCCGUAGAAUAGAUGUUUUUAAUCUAACAAGAGUCGGGUGAGAUGCAUCUAGAUUUUAUUAUUAGUCACAAUAUGAUUUAAUAAUAUCUUAAUUACCACCUGAUUAAUAAAAGUUUCAUAAUGAUGCCCCAGAUCGACAGACCCUUCUGCUUGUGGUCGUGUUUUUUACAGAUGAAGAUUAUCAGGGAUACUGUACAGUACAUGUUGUCCAGUAGUAGAUGAUGAUAAACAGUGUUGUGUCAUCCCCUGGCUAGUGCCCAUGGUGUAGGUAGAGUUAUGUCAUGAUAACAACUGAUUUCAGAUAUUAUCUUUACCCUCACAGGACUUAACUUUAAUCUUUAAUUACUCAAUUGAUGAUAAAGCUUUAGAAUACAAUGCUGUGUUUACUUACUAUAUUGUACAUGAACUUACCAAAUAGAGUCUGGGUAUUCUGUUUUAUUCUCAGAACAUAAUUUUAUAUUUCCCAAAUGUGCAUAAAUUUCAGACAUUUAUUAGUGGGAAGUGAGAGUCAUAGUCUGGGUGCUUCUGAGGCCAGUGUAGGAUCAGUUUAUAGUAUACAAGGCCUUCAGUACACCAGGAGGCAGCAUGGCCAACACUGCACUCGACCAACUUCACUUUCCUUGACUGUAAUGUUUGCCAUUCACAGCUGGGAGACCUUGAUGUGAACCAUCAGUCCUCCAGACAGAGGUGAGUCUUUUAUCCAGUCAACCACAGCUCCCAAUUUUUUUUUUAUUAGAAACACCAAACCUAAAUUAAUCUGGUUAUGUUCAAUAAGUGUAAGUCAAGACAUCACAUUUGAUUUGUAUAACUGAAGCUUUAUCCAAUUAUGUUUUAGAACACACGAGUGUACAGUAUCUCUUGUGAUGAAGGUUAAAGAGCCACCAAACUUGUCCAUUACUGUACUACAAUCACUAUCAAUUGUUACUGUAAUUGUUAAGUUAUUUUAGUAGUCAGGAAAAGUUAUAUUAUUCCAGAUAAUCAAACUACAAGAGUACAGUACAUUGGUCCGCUCACCUUAUGAGGAAAGCCUUAAAAAGUAGACAGUGUAGCCGGUAGAGUUUGCAACAGUUACCGGUACUUGAGAUUACCACCGAGAUACAUAAUGUGCCGUUACUUUAGUUGUGUCAUUUUCCUGUUAAAGACUUGUUUUGUGGAGAGCAAGAGAGACAUUGUUGACUUUAUAUUUAGUUACUGUUGAAAUUUUCUUAGAAUCUGUUGUAUGAAUGAGUAAAUUUUUUUUUGUGAUUUACUGUACAGCUCAAAACUUGUAGUCUGUAGUAAAGGCAUUUGUGCUGCCAUUAUACAACCUCUUCCUCUCCACACCAGUCAUUUUGGUCAUUUUCACCUCCAACGAAUCAUGAGGUCCCCACCGCUGCUUUGUGUUGUGUCCGUUGCCAAAUUUUGUGUUGUCGUGUAGUUGGCCCGAUACUGUGGGUAAAUCACUUUGACGAGGCAGUCGCUUAGUCUAGUGUGAUACUGUAGCUGCCGUGACCGAGGUUCGUCGUCGGCGUUUACGACUACGACGCACAACGAAGACGUAGCGAGUGACAGACCGGGACGAAGUUGUAUUGCAUUAUACUUUUUGUAAAUUUAUUUAGAUUUUUAUAAAACUUGAGAGUUUUCGUAAUACUAACUAUACGUCUUUUUGAAAGUGACUUAAUUGUGCAAGUAUUUUUGUUUUCUGCCAUAUAUGUUUUUCUUAAGAAAAUUUAAUAAUUUUAAAAUUCACAAGUUUCCUUCCCUUAUUAAUUCUCAUAUUUGCUACAAGUAUAAAGGUUUUACAGCGAGUCAGUCUGUCGUCUUUCUCAGUGUGAAGAUAAAUUAUGAUUACCUCACUGUCUUCUCAGUUUCUUAUAGUUGGAUCAAAUGUAAUACAUAAAAAAAAUUAUUCUAUUAAUGAUAAAAUUAAAAGUGAGUGAAACUGUGAAGACAAGUUAUCCUGGUCUUGUUUACAUACUAAAUAAAUUACUGUGAUAACAUUUGGACUAUUUUUCUUAGUUUUCUUAAAAUUAAGAAAUUGUUGUGGUACUAAAACUUAUCACAGAUGAAUAUAUUAAUAUUAUAGUUUUGAAGAAUAGAGAGACUGUCCAGGGGAAUGUUGCCAGUUAGGAAUUAAGAGAAUGUUAACCCAUCACCUUGGAGUAUAGUUAAGAUGGUCUUGCAUUAAUAUAUACACGACCGUAUUUGACUAUCUCAAUAAUUUUUAUAUUCUAUUGAGUGUUAGAUAAAUAUCAAAUUGCUAUCUGAGAUGAAGUAGCUGUGAUAUAAAUAGAGAAUUUUUUGUACAAGGAGUAACAGAGGCUAGAGCCAGUAGGUUUGGCAGACACCCGUGUAAUCCAAGACGUACGUACCGUAGUUAAGUCAUUAUAAACGUCAUCACUGGAGUUAUUUAAUUAAUGUUUACAAACAACAUAUCUUCCUGUUUGUGUCCGUAAAGUAAUGGGGUAACGAGGCCUUGACGUGACAGCAAUCGAGUGUACACUCACUCCAAAAAGUGUCCGUACGAUUUUUGUGUUAAACAAUAUAAGACCACCCAACCUGAGAUGACAGGACUUGUGGUGUUCAUUCGUUGGAACCCUCCGUAAAGACACCUUUUGGAGAGACUGUGCCUUCCAUAACCCCAGAAGAGUAAUGUGUACAGUAUAGUGACAACACUGUAUAUGUCAAACAAAAGUACUGUAUGUGAAAUAUAUGAUAUAGAGACACUACUGUACUAUAUACAGUACAGUGUAUGGAUCAAGCAACUACUGUAUACUUCAUAAGUUGCCUCUAGGAACGAGAUCUUGUGAAUCUGGUAAAAAUAUCAGUGAAUUGAUUGAGUUAUACAAGGUGUCUCAAAAGUCAUGUGCCAUAGGGCUAGUAAAGGUCUUCUCUUAUUUUACAGAUCAGGAAAUAACAAAGACAACAUAAAAAUUAACAUGAGAAAAGAAAAAGUUUAAUGUUCAUGUAGGGAAAGCCAGUUUCUAUACACUGAUCGGUUGCAAGAAAAUUUAAUCAACAACAUUCAGGCAUGUGGGCGUUGUCAAUUGAUUUCUUUACCGCGUGAUCAGUGUGUGGCAACUGGCCUUCUGUACAGGAAUAUUAAACUGAUCAUUCAUUGUGUUAAAUUUUGUAUCAUUUUAGUUUAACUAUUUAUGAUUCCUUCAUUUGAAAAAGAAAAUAAAGUAUAUUAAUAUGCCUGUUGUGAAUGACCUAUGAGACACACUGUACAUUAUGGAUGGUGUAAAAAAAUAUCACUAAUAUGUUCACUACAUAUCUGUGUUUCCCAGCAAUGUAUGUAUCAAAUGUUGUACACUCAUGAUUUGAGCUAGUCAUUACACUUGCUCAUAAAGUAUAUAGGAUGAUAACUUUUUACAUGGUUCAUAGUGAAUGGUCAUAUGGAUGUACUAAUGAACAAAAACUAUUUCUUAUACCCUGUUCUGUACUCACGAUUAUUAGACAAUUUCCUUUAAGGCAGAACUCUCGAAGAUAAUCAUUAUUUUACACCAUUUAUGUUUUAGAUUUGAGAAACUAAUAAAUUUACAGCUAAUUGGGUUUUUCUUAAGUUUCAAUACAAUAUAAUUCAGAUUUUAAAGUUAAUUUGAAACUCAGUUAAGAAUUGUAAUGGUCUUCUCCUUCUCCUCAGACAAAAAUCUUGGGAAUUUGGUCCAAUAUUGUACUUACAACUCUCAAUAGACUUUAUUUACUCGAUGAACCCAAUUUUUAGUCAAAUUUACGAUGAAGACGACGUAUAGUCUAGCAUGUUAGUCUCUCCACUUAUACCAACUGGUUCCAUUGUGUUUGUUGUCAUAUUCUAUUGUAUUGUAUUUCUUUAUUAUCAUGAUUGCUAGAUUCCAGUUCCCAUCAACCGUCCAACUCAUGGUACGGAAUUAUAUACUAUACGGUGAAACAAGUCUAACGGAACGGACUCGAUGGGAGAGGGAGGUCCGUUAUAUUGCGUUCCUUUAGAUGCAAAACCUCCAUCUAACGGACAAUAUCCAUUAGAUAGAUCUGUUAUAGCUGAAGGCUUCACUGUACUGUCUGAGUGUCAUUACUAAACAACCUUUUUUUAAGUUUUUAAAAAUUUUCUUCUCUUAAUAAAAUAACGUUUUUAUUUGUACGUUAAGGACCUCGUUGAAUUCCAGUCAAUGAGUUUUAGGGAUGAGACUUGACCCGAGUUCAGUGGCAAUUAUAUCGUCGUGGAAGAUCAGGUUCUGAUAGUUGUGUUGAAUUGCUAGAUUGUUUUUUGUUCAUACAAGUCUGUCUGUCUGUCUGAUGCUGUUGAACUCCUUAUUCUCUUGACCUUGUGAUCCUAUGACACCUAUCCCUUUGACCUAGUGAUCCUAUGACCCAUAUCCUGUUGACCUUGUGAUCCUAUGACCCCUAUCCCUUUGACCUUGUGAUCCUAUGACCCCUAUCCCUUUGACUUUGUGAUCCUAUGACCUCUAUCCUUUUGACCUUGUGAUCCUAUGACCCCUAUCCCUUUGACCUUGUGAUCCUAUGACCCCUUUACCUUUGACUUUGUGAUCCUAUGACCCCUAUCCUUUGGCCUUCGUGAUUAUGCUGGCAUUUCCUGUUAAACACUAGAUUCAAAAUAUAAUAUGGGGUGUAAUUAAUCUUUUUAUGUGAUACUAUAUCUAAUUAUUUAAUCAUCAUAAAAUAAAAAUAUAUCUUUCUACCUAACACAUGUAAUGAAUCAUUAUCUGUACAGUACUUCAUAAUUUCCUUUUUUACCUUGCAUUAUUUUUUAGCCUUCUAAGCUUUUAGUUUAAUUCGACGGCACAUGAGCUAAGCUGUUGUGUCGCCAGGAAUGUGAUUACCAUAAUCAAUCAAUCAAUCGGUCAGUCAAUCACUCACUCAAUCAAUCAAUCAUAAUUCCACCUCACAUUUUAUUGCCUCAUAUACAAGUUAUUUAAAGCUGAGUGAUGUACUUGUAUCAUGGCAUAGGUAUCUGAGGAUAUGUCAUCUUUUAUGCUGUACGGGGAUACUUGCAUCAGUUACCUACAUUGAUGUUAAAAGUUGUCAUUUGGAUCAUUUCAUUUCUUGCUCGUUUAGAUCUUUUCCACGUGUGUUUGUGUGUGUGUGUGUUUGUUUUAUAACUGCACCUCUAUAGAUUAACAAAUAAAAAGGGCGAAACAUUGUAUCAAUCAAAAACUAAGUACUGUAACAGUAUAAUAUAAAAGUACAUUUACUCCAGCUUAAGAGUUACAAUAUUCCUUUAAUUUCAUCUGCCCACGGUCACAUUCCUGCAUCUCAUGAAACCUAACCCACGUCGGUAAAGCAAUAAUAUUAUAGAUAUUUAAAUCGUUUAUAAGAAAAAAACUUGUAUGAAAAGUACAGCUUCUAAUUAGGAAGCACAAGUAAGUGAAGAAAAUAAAUAAUGUUCUUAAAAAAAAUAUAUAAUACUGAUUGAGGGUAAAAUAGUGAGGAGCGCUGUAUCAUAUCAACGGUAAAAUUAUGAAAUAGUACUUCACUCAUCCACCAAACUCACUUUUCUUCUUUUUAUUUUAGUUUUAACAAAUACUGGUAUAUAUAUUUUUAGUUUUCCCAAAGGAGAGGUUUAGAAAGGUUGUGUGUGUUCGCUGCAUCUUUCCCAUUUCCUAAAAGUGACGGAAUUCUUGCCACCAACUCGUACUCUGUAGAGGACCACAAGUCUCAUCCACUACGGGAAAUAGUGCCUUGUUAGUUUUAAGUUCCAGCUUCACCUCCGCUUCUCUUGUCAUGCUUAUCUUCUUUGAGAGUGACAACUGAACACUCUUUGUUGUAAAUAAAGUAUUAUUAUAUUUUAUAGUAAA